AUGAAAGCGGAGAGCAGACGAGCUGCAGACAAUCCGCGCAAGCGCAUCGUCAAUAUGGGUCCACACGCUAAUGUGUCCUACUACCUAUCCUCACACGGUGCUGUGUGGAGUAGCCCCCUCCUGCACCUGUGUGGUGACCCCAUCCCCCGGCCCUCUGCUACCCCUCCUCUCCUUCAGGAGCCACGGGGAGGGCGUCACUCUGGUGUAAACUCCCACUCUGUUAUGGACCCUUCCCUGCCUCUCUCUGGCCACAAGGAGAGUGGCAACUGCAUCGAUGGAGGGAAGGAGUACCCCUCGUUCCUGCAGUAUGUGGGAGGGGGGCCCGUCCCGCAGUCCGGUUCAGCUCUGUCCAUCCCUGAGGCUCUAGGAGUGGUGGGUGUGGUUCUCCCUGACUCCUCCCCAGUCAUCAUGGUGCCCAGUCCAAAGUACCCGCUGCCUGCUCUAGAGUUCAUCCAGGUUCUCCAGUCCUCAGGUCUUCCAGGAGGCGUGGUCAGCAUUAUAACUGGUGGCAGAGAUCAGCUGACCCAGGCUCUAGCCAAUCACAGUGUUAUCAAGGCCAUAUGGUACUGGGGGAGUAUGAAGGGUUGCCAGUUCCUUAAGCACAUGUGUUCCAGCCCUCUGAAAAGCCUGUGGCUCCACUGCCAGGAGGAGGAUGGAGGGAGAGACUGGGCCCAGCCUCAUCCCUCACUCCUGGAGGAGAUGUGGAGACAGGCCGUCCAGUGGAAGAGUGUCUGGAUCCCCACUGCUUAGAGAGAGAGGGGGAGAAAUGGGAGGGAAAGAGACAUAGGUGAGAGAGAAAGAGGCAGGGGGGACAGUAGAGGGAGAGAUUUAGUGUAUUAAAACAAUAACAUGUAUUUUAAGUGGAGGGGGGGGGUUGUAAGGGUCAUUCAUAGUCGUAAACUGGGAAUGAUUUUAUGUAAUGCAUUUGACAGACGGGUGAUUUGGGAAUUUACUACAAACCAUAUAAAACAUUUUACAUUACAUUUACAUUUUGCCAUUUAGCAGACGCUCUUAUCCAGAGCGACUUACAGUAGUGAAUGCAUACAUUUCAUUUCAUGCAUUUAUUUUUUAUUUUUUUGUACUGGCCCCCGUGGGAAUCGAACCCACAAACCCUGGCGUUGCACGCACCAUGCUGGCGUUGCAAACUCCAUGCUCUACCAACUGAGCCAGAAGAUCAUGAUGACUAUAAAACCUUCAAGGAUGUUCCAGUGGUUUUCUCCCAUCAGUAGGCCGAUGACUCGGUGGUAAAUAACACUGAGAGGUGUUAUAAACGGUUAUAUCCUUUAUGGAUCACUGACUUAUACCUCCAUCACUCCUAUGCCUGGUCUGAUGCCUUAAUAGCACUGGCGGUGAUGCAUUCUCUACAGGAAGCCAGCUUUAGUCAGCCAACAAUACCUUCAUAAUUUUGCCUUACUGUGUGUUAUAUCAAUAGGGGGCUUAGAUUGAGAAAAAAAUUAGAUUUCUGUCCCCCAUGAGAAGUAAAUACAGCUGUACCAAUUUUAGAUUAUUAGUACCGAAUUAUGUUAAACUGUAGUAGUGUUCCAAACACAAAAGUAGACAUUCCUUUUGUGGGAUCUUCAAUCGUUCCAUAGGGAGCCCUGACCCAUUUGUCUUAAUUUAUGUCCAAUCAGACACUUUGAAAUAUAUGAUAAAAACAUAAUACAUUAAUGUAGUUAUGACGUUCAAAAGCCAUAAUAAAAAGAUAAUCACCUCAUGAAAUA